CCGCUCCCUCCCUCGGUAUUCUCUCCCUCUGUGCGACCCUCCGGAAGGCAGACCCCCUAGCCGCCUCUCUCCCUGCCCGCCUGCUUGCCUCCCUCCCGCCAGGCGCGGCUCCCAUGCGCCCCUCCGACCGGCGACAGAAGAAGGAGGAGGAGGAGGAGGCGAGGCGGACCCCGCGUCUCCUCCGCAGCUCCCGCAGGUGCGGAAACUCUGCUGGGAGGCACUGCUGCUGCUGCGUCCUGGAGGGAUGGCACUGAGAAGAGACUGGGCCACAAGGCCCCCAGCUGUUUCUAACCCCGGGCUUCUACUGCUUCUGCUGCUGCUCUUAGCUUCUGCUGCUCUCCCCGCAGAAGGCUUUGCCCAGAAGCAUGGCCCAGAUAUCAUUGAUGACGACAGCAAGGACAACAUCACCAUCUUCACCCGCAUCUUGGACCGGCUGCUGGACGGCUACGACAAUCGGCUGCGGCCCGGCCUGGGAGAUGCGGUGACUGAGGUCAAGACAAACAUUUACGUGACCAGCUUUGGACCCGUCUCAGACACAGAUAUGGAGUACACUAUUGACGUGUUUUUCCGACAGUCCUGGAGAGACGAGAGGCUCAAGUUCGACGGCCCCAUGAAGAUCCUCCCACUGAACAAUCUGCUGGCCAGUAAGAUCUGGACCCCAGACACCUUCUUCCACAAUGGCAAGAAGUCCGUCGCGCACAACAUGACCACACCCAACAAACUCCUGCGGCUGGUGGACAAUGGGACCCUCCUCUAUACCAUGAGGCUGACCAUUCACGCAGAAUGCCCCAUGCAUCUGGAGGACUUCCCCAUGGAUGUGCACGCUUGCCCACUGAAGUUUGGGAGCUAUGCCUACACCAAGACGGAGGUGAUCUACACCUGGACACUCGGGAAAGUGGAGGUGGCCGAAGGGGGCUCGCGCCUUAACCAGUAUGACCUGCUGGGGCACAAUGUGGGCAGGGACUCAAUUGAGUCCAGCACAGGGACCUACAUUGUGAUGACCACCUACUUCCACCUCAAGCGGAAGAUUGGCUACUUUGUCAUCCAGACCUACUUGCCCUGCAUCAUGACGGUCAUUCUCUCCCAAGUCUCCUUCUGGCUCAACCGGGAAAGUGUUCCAGCACGCACUGUGUUUGGAGUCACCACUGUCCUGACUAUGACUACGUUGAGCAUCAGUGCCAGAAACUCCCUGCCCAAAGUGGCCUACGCAACCGCCAUGGACUGGUUCAUGGCCGUCUGUUAUGCCUUUGUCUUUUCGGCUCUGAUUGAGUUUGCUGCUGUCAACUACUUCACCAAGCGCAGUUGGGCCUGGGAUGGGAAGAAGGUUCUGGAGGCUCAGGAGAUGAAGAAAAAGGAGCCGGUCACCCUGGCCAAGAAGACCAACAAUACCUACAACAUUGUGGGCACGACAUACGCUCUGAACAUCACCAAGGAGCCCGGCCUGUCCACCAUCUCCAAGAGCGCAGCCUCCACCACGCCGGGGACACCUGCCACGGUAGUGGUGCCCCCCAAGGUGCCCCGGAUGGAGGAGAGGCCCCCCGAGAACAAGAAGACCUACAACAGUGUCAGCAAGGUAGACAAAAUGUCCCGCAUCGUGUUCCCGGUCUUGUUUGCCAUUUUCAACAUGGUGUACUGGGCGACGUAUGUCAACCGAGAGUCAGCCAUCAAGGCCAUGAUCCCCAAGGAUUGAAGCCAGCCCUUUACCUGUCCAUGGGGCCCGGUGGGGGCUCCUUUGUUGCCUCACUGGUGGUUCGGUAUCCAUCAUUCUAUCUCUUAUUCUGAUUGGUUUUGUUCAGCUGCCUCCCUUCCUCUCCCUUGCAAACCAAACUGUGAUUUUUUUAAACAAGGAAAGAACCCAAGAACCAAGAA